AUGGCGCAGAAAGAUAUGAUGAAUUUUUCAGCAUUAGGUAAAAUAUUUACAAUUGUUUUGCUACAAAAUGUUUGCAACUUUAGAGCAACAGUUGGCGUGAGCACAUACAGGAACAAUGGCAGCACAUAUUUCUGUCCAUCGUUUGGCAAAAUUACACUGCGUUGGCAUGAAUUCCACCCAUUUACUCACUACAACUCAUCAAGCAAGGCUCUUGACGGGAAUCUUGUACAUUACAUGAGAAAAGCGCUUAAUAUCUGCUGUCCAAAUUUGGAGAUCAUUCGUGAAAAAGUAGAUAUCAACAGCUCUUGUGAGAUGGAGAUCCUGAUCCGUCAAACAGCACCCGACGAACCAAGAGUAUAUUUUCCGAUUUUUGCCAACCGAGGAGAUGGUGAACAGUUUGAAAGAAGAUUUCUCGGACUGUUUGAUUCUCCAGGCCCCGCAGUUUUGAAAGUCAACCAUGGAAUUGCUUCGUCGUCAAAUGAAAUUCUCUACUUUCUGAAGGACGUGUGGACAAUAGUAGUGAUCAGUUUUUUACACGCGGUGUUGGCUGGAAUGAUUAUCUGGUAUCUGGUAUGUACGUCAAGACACUCCUUUAACUCUUAUUAAUAGACACCUAUUAGGGGAGAGUGGGAAAAUACGAAAACUUUAAUAACAUGACAUCAUAUGUUUUGGGUUUAUAAACUGAGAUCCAUUGCCUAGGUAUACCAGGCGUGGCUCAGGCUGAAUUUCAGUUGAGACCACAGGCAUGGUAAUCCAACAAUAUCCGCUAAAGCAGUGGAAUUUGAAUGUGAGUAAUUACGAUAUGGAAGGCAAUUUAUGUUUGCGUGAACAAAAGGAUAUUUUAUGUACCAUGCCAUGUGUGGCUGAAUGAAUCAUUACUUAGAUGUCUCUUCUGUUUCUGAAAUGACGCACGUAUUUAACGCUAAAACAACAAACUUAUUAUUUAGUUACAAUAUCAUUCAACUAAACUGAACCGAAGUUAGCAGAUGGUUAGUCUAUCACGGGAUUUUGAAAAAAGGAAAAGGCAUUCAUAUUGGUGAAAACUGAAAAACUACGAAUAAUCUAAACGGAAACAAAACUGGAAAAAUUCGAUAAUAUAUUCAGAUCUGUUAAAUUUUAAUUUCACACAGUGUUUAACAACCUUGUGGUUUUUAAAUGCUAAGAAACGUACUGAAAAAAUAACUAUCAAAGGCAAUCACAAAUGGUUUGCUUUAGAGAAAAGCUCAUUUUAAUCUGACACGGGUAAUAACUGACUAAUUCAGAGCAAUUAGAAGGCAAACUUGAGAUUUCUAUCUUCUAAUAAUUGACCAAUUAGGUCUUCUAAUUGUUUUGGUAAAAUGCUACUACUAUUUAGCAUGUUUUAGAACAUUCUCGGGGGAUUUUAAUCAAUUAUUUAUUGGUUUUCACCAGCCUUUUCGUACCGAUUCUCCAUUGUUGGUAAAUAAUAGUGUAUAGUCAGAAUGUGGGAUUUGCGAUAAGAUACUGUUAGAAAAUGGAAGAAGACUGGUGAAAAACGUCUUGUGUUAAAACCUGUUGCACAUUUCAUGUUCCAGGAUCACGAGUCCAAUCCACAGCAGUUUCCAUCUGGAUCGUUAUAUGGAAUGGGGAACGGGAUUUGGUGGGCUUUUGUUACCAUGACAACUGUUGGGUAAGUUUCUAUGGCUACCAGUUUACAUAUGUAUAUACAGUGUCGCCCUUCGAUCCUACUCAUUUGCAUGAAUUAAUAAACACUGGGCCACAAAGACAAAAGUUCACACCAAUUACCACUACCGUGACGGUCAUAUUAAAUGUAGUCUAUACUUCUCUUGUACUGUUUCGAAUCUGUUCUUAGGUCUUCGGAGAAGAAGCGAGGACGCAUUUCCCGAACAUCAGUAGUAUAGUGGGCGCCAAGCCUUUUGUCUUUAUUUCAUGAAUAAAAUGCGCUGGAAUCUCAUUGAGUUAAGGUCAUGUGCUGUUUUAGGUGUUUAAUAACCUGUUGAAUAGGUUUUCUAUUUACUUUAAGGUUAUGGAAUGUCUUGCUUAUUGAUUGGUGGACUAAAAAAAGUAUUCGUCGGUUGAGUUAUGUUGUGGAAGGAAUAAGCGCUAACUCGUCUAUGACUUCACUAAAUCGUAACGUAACUAUGUUAAUUCUUUUUCCUUAGACUUUCAUUUUCCAAAAAAAUUGUUACAGUUGCGGUUUAGUGAUUCUUGGACCCCACAAUCGUGUAUAUUAGUGUGGAUAAAGGCAAACUAGCUUUAUCUUACACGAAAAGCAAGUUUUUACUUACCUCUCUCCCCUUUCUUCUCCUUCACAAUUCAAUAGACUUCUUUAGCUUGUACGUUUUGUCUUCCCGAUACAGGUCAUGUCUCCGGUGGUUGCCAACGAGCAGCCUCGAGAAGACGCGAGGCUGCGAGGCAGCAGCCUAAUAAAGCCGCGCGCGAAAGUUCCAAGACAGAAUAAAUCUUGAAUCGAUAUAACAUAAGGUAGUGUAGGUAGUAUAAGGUGACUUUUAUGACGUAAUUCAGAACAGAGAAUGCAUUGUUUUCGAGCGAACACGUGAUACAGAACAGAGAAUCCACGAGCCGUGUGCGUGUUUAUGAGUUCCGUGCUCACCCAGUCUUCAACCAAUCACGCUUAUAGCUGUCGCAUUUGCCCCCCGGAGUUUUUUAUUGUCUGCCGUUAAGAAAAAAUAAUAACGCCGCAAAAUUUAUAAUUGUGUCUUUGAAGCAAAACAAUUCGGAAGGCUUCCUCGGCGCACCAUAAUUUUUUUUUCUAAAAAACAGACCUUCCUAAGCUUUAAAAAGAGACCAAAUAUAAAUCUUUACGUUGAAUAUUCGCGGACUUUAAUAUGAUUUUUCGAGGAUUCUAAGUUCGCUUAUAAGACCACUAAAUUUUACGUAAAAAACCUGCGCGCAACUUCGGACAAAAACACAAGCUUCAAUAACUCAAAAGAUAUUCUAUGUUGUGUCGGGAUUUCAAAUUCUUUAUGCAGUAGAACAGUUAAGUUCACUAUUUUCAAGGUAAUUUUUGCUUAUGCAAUCGAAUUGAGUUCAAACUAUUUUUCGUAAAUUAAGGUAAUUCAUGACAUUUCUAGACAAAUUGAACAGCGCGCGCGUAUAAGUAAAAUCUUUGCUCUUUAGCACUUAGCGAUAGCGGUAAUUAAUAAUACUCUAGAGAACUGUUCCAUUUAAUUUUCGUCUUACUCACUCAAGGCACGUGCAUAUCUACGCAGAAUUUAUGAGACGACAAGGGGUAAAGAUCCCCCGACUGGAGACCUCUAUUGGGAAAGCAAAACUUACAAGCUAAAUAGGUCUAUUAUAAUCUCGUUUCUUCUCAAUUCUUUCCCUUCCACCACCACCACCACCACGUUCUUUUCAACUAGUAAAUGUUACAGUAAGAGUUAGAGUCCUCAACAAAAACAUUUCUUGACGCAUUUACUGAAAUUGAAGGUACGGUGACAAAUCUCCCCACUCUACCCUGGCGCGUGCUUUUGCAGUGCUAUGGAUGAUAGAAGGAACAGUGCUGACAGCUCUGUUUGCUGCACAACUAACAGCUGAUCUGACGGCAGAUGAAAUCACCAAGGAGCUAAAUCUCAUCGACAAAAAGGUGUGCGAGAACCUAUUGUUACUUUAAAUUUAGUUUGUUUGUUUACUUUUUUGUUUAAUAAGAACGCACUAUCAAAAAAGAAAAUAGCAACAAUUAAACAUCAAGAGCUUUUUUGUGUAGGUUGGAGUCCCUCUUGGCAUGGAAACAUUCCUGGUGAAAGAAUUUAACUAUGCUGCCCAUUUUGAAGGUAAGGGCUUUUUCAUUUACGAUAAUACUUGUUUAAAGGAAAAUAUAUACUUUUCCCCCUACUAAACACUGAUAUCCAUCACCAUAAUUUGAUUUCAAAUGCCUUCGAAGGAAGCAACGUAUAAUGUUUCCAUCGAGAUUAGUCUCCUAAACAGUGAUACUGUGAACUUUAUCCAAAGAAAUUCGCCAAUCAGUACAGUCAAACCUCGUUAAUACGGACCGCAUGCACUAAAUGGAACACAGAACGUGCCCGUAUUAACUAGGUGUCCGUAUUAAGCGGGUCAUCUUAUUAAAGUAAAAAAACACCUUUUAUCAGAUAAAAAAAUGCCAAAGACAUGAAAAAGGGCAUUAGAAUCGUAUCGUCAUAUUAAACAUCUCUAAUCUUCACAAAGGCUCUAUUCUGCGGAAAGACUCAAAAAUCGUCCAUUUGUUCGCUCACCUUUCACAGCAUAAUUUUUUUGAUGCCAAAAAUUGACGUCCACAAAUCCCUGGGGGGGGGGAGGGUACUGCCAUAUAUAGGCUAUAAAGGUGUGUGCCGCUGUGAAGGAUAUGGUUUUCAAGCAGUUUACUCUGGGAUAGGGUAUAUAAAUCAGAUAGUUUGGGUCUAGAAUAGGGUAUCAUUUUUCAGGAAUCUGAUCAGUUGGUUGAAGAUUUUAUCUAGACUAAGGAAACAGCUACUCUAGAGUAGGGGGAAUUUGGGGAGUUUCCUCUAGUAUAGGGUAGCAAAAUUCAGCUGAACUAGCUCUGGUAUAGGUUAAGGGUUCCAGGGUCCCAGCGACACAUCCCCACCCCGAAAUUUCUAACGUACCCCCGGAUACAAAUCAUCCUGUCCGGUGUAUUGUAGCGCUGGAAACAUCGAGAUGCUGUCAACAACUGAAGUUUUUUUUACCUUCAAAAAGGAAAGGUCUACUACAGCACACAAUUGAUAAUGAAGUGUUCGCAUUAACGAGGUUGGCGUUCUACCAGACUUUGUUGAUUGGACAAGAAAUGAGUGUCCGUUGUCAGCAUUAAAGGUUGUCCGUAUUAAGCAGGUUGAAUAAGGUCUUUCUUUCCCUAGGGACAAAGAAAACUGUCCGUAAUAACGAGUUAUCCAUUUAAAAGGGGUUCGACUGUGGUUUUAAUGUAUGCAUAAACUACCUCUAGUUCAAACUAGCAUGUUCAUAGACCUUCUAUUUUCUCUUAAUAAUCCGUCUACCCUGGGUGUCAGAGACUUUUCUAGCGCGGUUUCCGGUUUCUGUCAAGCUCGUGGCUUCGGCCUACGGCCGAAGAUGUGUCGGCCUUCGACCAACAAGGAAAAUUCACGCCGCACACGAGAGAAACCUCUGGUACCCAGGGUAUAAUCCGUCGAGCGGGCGUGAUAAAAGUAAAAACCGAGGGGGAUUUAUUGACCGCUAGCGCAAGGGGUAGGGGUGAAGGUAAAAAAAAUAGAAGGUCUGUAAACAUCUUUGGAAACAACUGAAACUAGUUUUUUUUAUUUUUCUUUCUCUCGCGCUCGCUUCACUCGCACGCUAGUAAAACAACGACCAAAACGAAAAAUAAGACAACGUCUGUUUACAGGCUAGUUCAAAACUGCAAAUAUUUUGUCACCAUUGUUGGAGAUAUGUUACUGAUCACUGUUCUUGAAACUGCGAUCUGACAGUAUUUUGUCUGUUUGUUUGUUUGAUUUUUUGUUCUUUUGAUGCCAAAAUGGUCCAUAUAUCCAUAUAUUAAGUAUUUUGUUUAAUACGAAAAAAGGUACCUCGUGGCCCUGCCAGCUUCCCAUGAGCACCCUGCGUCAGCUUGUAUCUCGAGUUAGUAUACAAGUUGACGUCGGGAAAAGCGGAAAAUGUUACAUACAUGUAAAAGGUUCGAAAUAGUCUGUCCUGUAGGCGGAUGAAAAUUUUUGCUGCAAAAUGACUGUUUCCGAAUCUGUUUCACCCACAAAUUUUGUAUAAGUUAUUGUUUUCAAAUGGUCUUGUGGUAAUAUAAAGUUCUUUCAGAGGUAAUUGAAAAUAAUAGUUUAUGUAUUUUGUGUUGUAUGGGGAUUCGAAAAUAGGAACGGAACGUGCCGCGAUGGAGGGGUAUAAGAGCAAGGAGAAAGAAGUAGGUUCCUCUCUCCCCUCGUGCACAUCGACCGAGCCCUCCCCACUUGCUGCCGUUCAUUUUUGCGCUCUGAAUUGCUCAUGCGUCCGCUACACAGGCCAGGCUUUUAACGUUGUUUAUCCUCCCUCUUUUAAGAACUAGAACAUUUCCAUGACCUGGAAGAAAACAUGGAAACUUACGAAUCAUUGGAAUAUCUCAUUUUUUUCGAUUACGUCGAGGCACAGGAACUUCUCAAGAAUGGGCACAUGAAAAAUAUUGUUAUAGAGAAAAACAUCGCCCAUAAGUAUUCAGUUGGCAUGAUCUUGAUUGGAAACUUUGUGGCAGAUGAUGAAAGUUUCUUUACAUGUUGGAGACGUGAACUUGUGGAUAACAGAGAAAUAGAACGGGUAAAGUGAACAUUAAUUAGUCUUUAAUUUAGAAACAGUAACCACCUGCCGGAUUAAUUCAUAAUGUGAACAGUAAUCUCUACUGUUCUCUGUUAAUUUAUAUAUGAGCUUCUGUAUGGUAUUUCUGAGAAAACAGAAGUCGCGACGAUCGCCUUGGAUAAAGAGACGAUCUUAGAGAGUACUAAGUGAAUAUCGCAUUGCCAUUUCAAUCACGUUUAACAACGUUAGUAUAGUGAAAUAACGACAAAUAAACCUGCCAAAAACGUGAAGCACUUCCAUUGUUGUUGUUUUGCUUAUUUUCUCGUUUCUAUUGUCGGUGUGGUUGGGCUGAGCUCGCUACCACGUUACCACGCAAGGCAAUUCUUGAUACUAAAAUGCAACGAUUUCGCCGGAAAAACCGCCGACGAUUUGAUGGAAAAUGCGCAAUGAAAUCGACGUCAACUGGUACCCAUAGAGAGGCUCAUAUACUGAAGGGAGCUUUAAGGAAGCACUCAGUAACCCCUAUUUCUUCCUUUCAAAAGGCUAAUUCUGCUCAGAUAGUUAUGAAGUGUAUCGUCCUUCCAUGUACAUUCUCAAACUCAUUAAUAAUUCAUUAAGAAAAUACAAAGGAAAUUAAUGUUUAAUGAGUGUUUGGAAAUCGGAUGAAACACUGCUUAGUAUUUGCAUCCUUAGUUUCUCCUUCAAAAAUGAUUUUGUUUGAGAAGAAAUAUCAAACAUUCGACACAGUGUUUCAUCACCAGAUGAAACACCUCGAAGUUCGUCAAAAAUACUCCGCUGCGCGUCGUAUUUUCAACUCUCUUCUCGGUGUUUCAUCUGGUGAUGAAACACUGCAUCUCAUGUUUGAUAUAUUACGUAAAGCUCAAGCCCCGGUAUAACCAAGUGCCACGAGAUUUCAUUUACAUUAGACAUAGACAUCGACAUACUCUAUUUAGACACGGUUAAAAACGUCAGUAUAUAAAAAGAUAUUAAAAAUCUAAACUAUACUGUUUUACGUUUUUUGCCGUGUGGGUCAACUGAGGCGAAGGCAUUGGUAGUACCGGGGUUUUUAAUAUGGGGUUUCCUAAAAUUUCUGAAACUGAAAUGAGUUUUACCGCCGUCAGUUCAUUGUAAAUCGCAACUUAAGCGAUUUCAACUGUUUACUGCCAGCAUCGCUGCUUUGCAAUUGGCUAGAUAAGGCCUGAUUAAUAGUGAAAAGCCUAACUUCUCACCCUGGUUGAAGUUGGAUAGCGCUAUCCACCAGAUAAAUCAUUAUCCGAUGGAUUAGUAUUAGGGAAACCAAUUGCACUAUCCGAUGGAUAGAGAUUUAUCCGGUGGAUAGCGUUAUUUACCUUUUGAAUUACUCUGGCCUGACUAAUACUAAAAAAUUAAUGGUGGAACUCCCUUGACAGCUGCACCGGUCUGACCGGUCAGUUCUGGUUAAUGGAAAACACCCUCAGUUUUAGCUACAAAAUUCUUCACUUACAUCUUUUGCAUGCUUAUUUCAGGCCCUUGAGAGGUGUGCAAAUAAAGAAAACACGGAGGAACCUACCAAGGGGCAACUGAGUUUCAGUACCUACGUGGUCAUAACCAGCGCUGUGUGUUUAAUGUUUUUUCUGACCUUGAUUGUUAUCAGGGAAUACCGAAGGCUCAAAAGGCAGAAUAACGUUGUAGCCAUAAACAACUCAUGA